AUGUUUUAUGGUAGUAUCAGUGAUGAUAAUGAAUCUAACAAAUUAGAUCUUAAAGUAAUAAGAAGAAAAACUAUAGACCUCAAAGAAUACAAUGAACAUAUACACAAAUUAGUUUACGAAAUAAGUGAUGAGAUGUUAAAUGAUGAAUUGAAAGAAGACAACUAUAUAGCAAGCGGUAUACUUUUAUACAAAGACCUUGCGAAUAAAAAUAAGAGACUGUAUGAGCGUUUAAAAGCAAAAAAACUUGAUAAUUUACUUCAACCUGUUAAACUCAAAAUCGAACAAUUAGAUUCUAUACAAAAUCGGUUUGUUAUUGCAUUUAUGAAUGAUCCAAAUACUCAAAUACCGGUUGGAACAAAUCAUAAGUAUUAUUACGAACUUAUAUUGCUCCUUCUUUCUAUGCAAAAUAUAUGGAAUUCAAUCAAUUACCAAGUAGAAGAAAUGAAAGUAAGUGAAAAAACCUGGAGAAAUGACAUGAUCUCUCCAAUAAUAAGGUUUUUGUCAUUUGAUUCCAGCAAAAAAGUUAUCAAGUUAAGUGAUGGAUCAGUGUCUGAAUCGACAAAAACUCGAAAUUAUCAACCUGGAGGUCCUCUAAGAUUUCCAGAUUAUGCAUGGUCCUUUUAUAACCAAGAGAAGAAAUAUAGAUACAAAUUUUUAUUUUCUGAGAUAUUGUACGGACCAAAGGCGGUUGGAGUUUCAUUGAUUCAACAUAUUGAAGAAGACAAGUCCAGGCUUGCAAAAAUGGCAAAGGUGUGCUGGGAUAAUAAUGCAGAUGUAAGUGUUGGAAUGGUAACUGAUGAACAAAUAAUCUCAUCACUUACUCCAGCUGAGGAAGAAAUUGAAGAAAAUGUUCUAACAUUACCUUAUAUUCCAAUUAAAAAUGCUGUUGCUGUUUUUGAAACUGAUCACAAAUUUUUUGAACAAGAUAAUGAUGGUUUAGAAUUAGAUUAUAACAAACUUAAUUUGUAUAAUUCUAAAAGUUUAAACCAAGGAAAAUUAACUAUGUUUGAUGGAAUUAACUUUGAUAAAUCACGUGUUAGAUAUUGUGUAAAUUUUUAA